AAGAAGUAUUACACUUAUUCGAACAUAGAUUAAAUGAAAUCGGUGAUCUCUUAAUGAAUUCAUUCCAAGUGAUUCAAAAUUCAUCUCAAGUAAAUCAUAAAAUAUCAAAAUCUGAUCUUACAAGUUCUUGUCUUAUUCAUGCAAUCAAGCCAGAAAGGGAUCUCAAGAAAACCGAUUUAUUGGAAUUUUUAUGA